AUGGCCGCCUCGGGGCCCUCGUCUCCCAUUUCAGAGAAGCAAGCCUUCGACCUGAACCUCCAACACGGACACAAGGACCUCGUCCAAGCAAUCGCCUUCAACACCUACGGCGACCGUUGCGCCACCGGCUCGGUAGACGGCAAGAUCCGCGUCUUCAACAGACAUAAAGACGGCACCUGGCGGCUAUGCGACACAUGGACGGCCCACGGCGGCGAAGUCCUAGAACUCCAAUGGCUCCCCGCAACGAUAUACCCCAACCUCGUGGCCUCGCUCGGCAUCGAGGGCUGGUUCCGGCUCUGGGCCGAGGACCCUUCGGCCGCGCCAGGCCGCCGCUUCUGCGCCCGCUCGGGCGCCGGCCGGCCGGCCUUCGACACGCGGUCGACGCGCGCGCCCUACCGCUCCUUCAGCAUGAAGCACAACGAGGACACGCGCCACACGUACCUCGCGCUCCUCGCGACCGACGGCCGCCUCACCGUCUACGAGAACGACCAGCCCGAGAACCUGUCAGAGUACACGUCCAUCGACGAGUUUAGCAUAUGCAACAGGCCGAACCGCGGCGAGGAGGUCUCCUUCAAGGUCCGCUUCGACCCGAACCCGGAGCCGUGCUACACGGCGCUCCGGGCCGGCGUGGGCGCCGACGCCCUGGGCCUCGUCGUCGCCGGCAUGAGCGCCGUCAAAAUCUACAGGUCGCGCGACGUCGUCACGGCUUCCUACGGGGUCGCCCAGACGCAGAAGGAGUUCUACCUCGCCGCCGAGAUCCACGGGCACCGCGGCCUCGUGAGGGACGUGGCCUGGGCCCCGGGCAACAUCAGGGGGUACGACAUGGUCGCCACCGCCUGCCAGGACGGCUACGCGCGCGUCUUCCGCGUCGACACGCCCUUUGACGGCAACGACGGCAAGUCGUGGUCCGCCGGCGACUUGCUCAAGUCCACGGGCCGCGCGUCCUCCCCUUCCCGGGACUCGCCGACCAAGGACGGGCCCGGUGAGAAGCACAAUCUCCAUCCCUCCACGCUGAGCGCUAGUCUCGCCAAGUCGGGGAAUGCGGGCGAGAGGCAGUGGUCCGGGCAACCGGGCCAGGUGCACCAUACGUACAGGGAGAUUUCAAGACUCGAUAGUCACAGGACGCCCGUCUGGAGGGUGGGCUUUGACGACGAUGGACAGAUUUUUGGGAGCACUGGCGAUGAUGGGCGGCUGUUGUUCUACAGACAGACGCCGGAUGGGGUCUGGGCCAAGAGCUCCGAGCUGGUCAUGGUCGCGAGAAUGGCGACACCUUGA